ACAUUUCCCUAAUUAAUAAUGCUUCUUCAGGGAUGUGACCGAAUUCCUCAGAAAUCAGAGGAAAACUUAUCAAAAAGGGAGGAAAACACCUCACCCUACCUGGAAAAAUAUAAUUUUCUGCCACUUUAGAUCAAAUCCAGAGUGUUUCAUUUUUUUGAAAAUUGAGCAAAUCAGAGGAUUUCCUCUAAAAAGAGGAAAAAUCACACCCCUGUUCUUUUAAGAGUGUUUGCUAUAUUCAGUUCCUUUUUUUUUUUUCAGAGUAAGACUACUUCACAUUACACAAAACAUGCUUUCAAUAUUUGAGAGCUGACCACACUUUCUAACAAAUAUUAAUAUAUGACAGAAAAAAAUUAACAUGCAAUUGUAUUCUCUUUAUAGUCCAAUGUUUGGGUUUUAAAACCUGGAAAAAAGAUCUCAAGAUUAACAGUAUAAACAUUCUUUAAGCAAAGAUAAAAAGUAAAAAUCAAGUGUUAAAAAAAGUAGAAUACAAUCUAUAUUGUAUAUGCUUCAUCUGAAAAAGACACAACAGCGCUGUUAGCAUUUAAACUAAAUUGAAAGCAUACAAAGUCAUAUGUGUAUACUAGUAUAUAUGCUCUACAGAGCCUGCUCUGCAUAAGAAUGUUAAUAGCGAGUGCAGUGACCAAUUAAAAAAAAAAAUCUAUGUUUUUUCUGCGUCCGAAAAUAAGAACUGCUUGACCAAUGAGAACGCGUCUUCUAUUUUGGGUAUUUGAGGAAAAGUUCCUGUGGUUAAAAAAUGACAGAAAAUGCAUUACUUCUUCAUAUUUAUUGACGGUGCAAACAUAUAUUACGCAUUUUUACAGACUAUGAUCUUUCCUCAAUCCAUCAAGACCGGGUUUGCUAGAUUUAAUGUCCUUGAUCUAUUAAAAGGAGAUGAGUGAAAAUUUGCAGUAGCGAUUUUGGGGAUUCUGGAUUCCUCCCUUGUGUAAAUAUAGAUUAUAGAGAGAGCAAUUCGUGACAUGCCCCUGUGACAAGACUAAAUUGUGCAUUUUUAUCACACAAUUAGUGACUUGGAAAGAUUGAAAGUAGAAAUAAGGAAAGUUGAGGCAGUCGAGAGCAUACAGUUCAGAAUAAGUUGCGCGUCAAAGUCACAGAGAAGGCACAAUAAAAUGUAUAUAGUAUAAAAACUACUUCAAUCACAUUCAUGUAUAAUGUUUGAAUAUAAAACCCGGGAAGAAAACUAAAAUGGUCCGUUUGUGCUGCCUAAUUUCAUUCAUGUACUGACUAUUUGGUAAAAAGAUAUUAUUUAAAUUCAACCUGAUCAACGCACGAACAUUACAGAAUAUGUACAUGCAUGUAGAGCUCUGCGCUCGCUCGACAUAUUACUACAUUUUUGUCUGGUGAAAACCAUCACAAAAUGUAAAUUAUAUAAAAUAUACUAGAAGAGGAAAGGAAAAAAGAAGCAAACAGAAAAUAUGUACUUUAAAAACUCCUCCGGCUUUCUGGAACACUCUGAAAAGUUAAGUAAAACUGUUGACAUGAGGUUGUCCAUGAGCGCAGCCAUCUUUAAAUGAUGCGACUAUUUACCACAAGAAACCCUGUAAAUGAAUGUCGUAAGAUAGCAGAAAUCAUAACGGUGAUUGAAAAGACUUAUAAACUGUCUAUCAUGUUAUAUAAUUGUACUCCUAAACAAACCUAUUCCGCUGAAGCAAAAUUUGUAAGAUAUAAUCUAGUCAAACUUUUAUUCACAAACUUUACGACUUGCCAUAUACCAUUCACCAAAGCAUGGUUGUUCUGAAAGAGAUUGGAUCACAGAAGAUGUUUUGGGGCGUGACUCUAGAUGGAGGCAAACGUUACACCCAGACGGUGGAGAGGUCCUUCCACAUCUCCAUGGCUGCCCUGGAACCUCCAACUUCCAAAGUUGGUGUGAUGGUCAGUGUGGACAAAGCGGAGUUCCUACUAUGCUCCCUGGGAUACAAUGGCGUCCUACAACAGCCACUGGACCUCAUGUUUACGGAGGGCGAGGAGGUCACCUUCUUCUUGAACGGAAGUGGGGUGGUACAUCUAACGGGUUACCUAGUGGAGGACCAGCCAGAAGACUUGCAGGGACUGUAUGAUGAUUCUGAUGAAGCUCCAGAACUCGUUGACAUUUCCGAGGAAGAAUCUGAUGAGGAUGAGGAAGAUUCCAUGGCUGUUGUCAAAUCCAUUGGAACAAAACGAAAGAUGAAAGAAGUUGGAAAAGUGGCAAAGAAAGCAAAACUUGCACAGUUAGAUAGCGAUGAUGAUGAUGAAGAUGAUGAUUAUGAUAGUGAAGAUAUGUCCGCCCUGGAUUUCCUGGAUGAUGAGGCUUCAGAAGACAGUGAUGAUGAAAUGGAUGAGGACGACUUUGAUGAAGAUUUAGAUGAAGAUGAGGACAGUGAAGAAGAGUAUGUGAAGAAGACACCAGGUAAAACUCCCAACAAAUCACCGCAGAAGAAAGGCGCCAAUAGUACACCUGUACAGAACAAGGACACGCCCAGACCCGUGGAGAAGAAACAGACUCCCGGAAAACCUGGCCAACAGACGCCCAAACAGUCUCCCGGGAAACUUGGUCAACAGACGCCCAAACAGACUCCAGGGAAACCCGGCCAACAGACACCCGGGAAAGGGAAGCAGACACCUGGAGAAGAACAGAAGCCUCAAAACACCGAAACACCAAACACAGAAGGGAAAAAGAAGAAAAAGAAGAAGAAAAACAAAAACAAGGGAGAUGACUCUGUAAAUGAGGCCUCAACUCCAAAGCCUGGUUCGGCUACCCCCGGGAAGAAAGUCAUGUCAGGUGGAAUUGUAAUGGAGGAAACGAAAUCUGGACACGGACCAGAGGCCAAAUCAGGAAAAAUGGUCAGUGUGUAUUAUGUCGGAAAACUAUCGAGUAAUGGAAAGCAGUUUGACUCCUGUACACAAGGAAAACCGUUCCGCUUCCGAUUGGGUAAAAAUGAGGUCAUCAAAGGCUGGGACGUGGGCCUACAAGGGAUGAAAGUUGGCGGGAAGAGGAGAUUGACAAUUCCCCCACAACAAGCAUACGGAAAUGCCAAAGUGGGACACAUUCCUGCCAGUUCUACGCUAGUGUUUGACGUAGAGUUAAAAGCGGUCAAUUAAGGCCAAGAAUUGAUGAGGAUGUAAUGAAACUUGUGACAUGUAAACUGCUGGCCACACAUGCUAGGCAGAAUGAAUGUGUGGGGACUCUGUUUUCAUCUCAUUCGUGGUGGUUCAAACUAAAUGAUGAAUCGCAAACUGUAAUCUCAUUUGAUAUGAAACAAAAGUCACAAUGGUGAUGGAUGAGCAAAGAAAUUAUUCUAGUGACAUCAAGUUGGCAGCUGAACAGUCUGUAGGGAUUUCAUGAAUAUGACCAUCUUAAGAAAGUUCAAAAUUGUCCAUCAUCUAAAGAAAAUAGUUAAAAAAAAUUUUUUUUUAAAGAAAACUAUGUUUUUUGUUAUUGUUAAACUUUAUGUCUGAUUUUUACAAUGGAGUUCAAAUGUAUGUUUAUUAUAACAUUUAAGUGUAAAAAUGUAUGUAACAAUGGUUUGUCUCUAUUUAACAAAGAGAAACAAAGAUUUAUUAAAUUCUGGAGAUAUCAAAUCAUUUUAGACUGUCAGAUUUAGAUUGGAAGUUAAUUAAGCAUUUUGAAAUCUUGAUUACUUAUAAGAAUGUCUAUUGAGAAAUAUAAAUAGAUCAUUUGUGUUAUGGGGCUGUGGGAACAAUUUAAGCAUAAGGUCAUUUGUAUUGUCAAUUUUUAUAUCUCUAUAAUACAAACAAAACAGACAUUAUUCCUUGGUGCAAUUUUAAAAAAUAUAACGUUUCUUUUUGCAAGUGCGGGUUUUUAUGUAAAAUGAAAGGUUUUAUGUACGACAUAAUGUUGUAAUCUAGAAUUCUGAAUAAAAAUAUAAAAACAUCAACAGAAAUAUUGGAGUUUCCUGGAAAGUUCAUUAAUAUUAGAUAAGAAUAGGUUAAAGAGUGAAUUAUUGUCAUCGUAUUUCAAAGAAUAUAUGCCACAUCCUCAGAUGUUAAAAUUUGUGUGUUUGGAAUAUCCUUCAGGGCAUUUAAUAUUUUGUGAGAGUGUAAAACUGAUGUUGAUGUUGUCGAUCUUUGUUUUACAUGACUAUUAUGUGCAAGGAUUGGUCGCAGCUCAAGAAUUUUAUAUUUUUCCAUUGAAUAUUGAUUAUAGUGUUACAUUUUAUAUUUCUUUAUGUGAGAUGGGUAUACUGUUGAAGUCUAAGAAAUGAAGAGAGUAUGAAUGAUAUGACACAGAUCUUACUUUAAUAUUUCUGCUGGUUUUGAUAAAAAGCAUACAGCUGUAUAUUUGUCAGAUUAUAAAUGUUGCUGUAUUUAGAAAUUUCGUAAUAAAAUGAUCAUGCAUUUUAAA